AACCAGCCAGGAACUCACAGACAGAUACACAUUUACAACCUGUUAGUGAAGACGAUACUGGAGACUCUUCUGAACCUGAGACUGAUGACAGUGAUGAUUGGAAGGAGACCAGAGAACCUCAGUCAGGUUUAAAAAAUGAUCAAGUUCCUGUCAGGGAGAAACCCUUCAGCUGCCCGGAGUGUGGGAAAAGAUUUGUCAGCAAGAUGAUCCUAAAAAGACACGAGAGAAGUCACACUGGAGACAAACCUUUCAGCUGCUUAGUUUGUAAGAAGUCAUUUAGAAAUAGUGAAGGUUUACAGGUACACAUGACAAUCCACACAGGAGAGAAACCAUUCAGCUGCUCAGAGUGUGGGAAAAAAUUUGUUAGCAAGAUAUGUCUGAAGAUGCACACAAGAUCUCAUACUGGAGAGAAACAGUUUUGCUGCUCUGAGUGUGGGAAACAAUUUAGCACCAAGGGAGCUCUGAUGGGACACAUGAGAACUCAUACAGGAGAAAAACCAUUUAGCUGCUCUGGGUGUGGGAAAAGAUUUAACUCCAAAGGAAAUCUGAAGGAACACAUGAGCUCUCAUACAAAAGAAAAAUCUUUCAGCUGUUUAGUCUGUUACAAGUCUUUUACCAGGAAUGGAUAUUUAAAAGAACACAUGAGAAUCCACACAGGAGAAAAACCAUUCAGCUGCUCAGUGUGUAGUAAAGAAUUUAUUGGAAGAGGACGUCUAAGUAUACACAUGAAAGUCCACACAGGAGAGAAACCUUUCAGCUGCUCUGAGUGUGACAAAAGAUUUUGUUACAAGGCAGAUCUGAAGAUGCAUAUGUUGACUCAUACAGGGGAGAAACCCUUCAGCUGUAGUGUGUGCAACAAAAAAUUUGGCUACAAAGCAGAUUUGAAGACGCACAUGAGAACUCAUACAGGAGAGAGACCCUUCAGCUGCUCAGUCUGUGCGAAAUCAUUUACAUAUAGAGGAAGUUUAAAGUUACACAUGAGAACUCACACAGGAGAGAAACCUUUCAGCUGCUCUGAGUGUGACAAA